AUGAAACAAGGGACUCGUCAGCUUGAAGUUUCAUCUCAUUGCACUGACUGCUUCAGGUGGUUUGCAGGGUCCAGCGGUAACCAUACGAUACGCCAAUUACCGCGGCCAAUCGCCUUCAGCCCGGUCCUCGAGGUCCAUACAAAGUCAAAUCAAAUCUCAAGUCGCCUGUACAACUAUUUCCUCGUCACGGGACCCUCGACAACAGACCAUCAAGUCACAAUGGAGUUUCGAAGCCUCGUCCGACCAGCCGCCAGGCUAUUCAGCCCUCGUGCUGCCCUUCCUACCGUUCCUUGCCGUGGCCACAAGACAACAAGCCGAACAAAACGAUCUUUAAAGAUUGCUCCUCACGAGUCCUUUCUCCCCGACCGAAAGGCAGCCUUCCCCGCCUCCGACUCUAUCAUCUACAACCCUCCUUCUUCCGAGGCCUCUCCUCUUCACACACCUUUCAUCUUCCUCCCACAUAACGACCCUCGCCGUGCCGCUCUCACACGAAUGCGACACACCCCGGGCUCUCCUCUGGAACCUAUUGCACCCGGCAAGCUUGCCCCAAAGAUGGACUAUCCUCGACGCAAUCCUGUAUACAACCUCAAGGCUGAGGAUAUCAGGGAGAUGAAGCGACUAAGGGCAGACGAUCCCGUUACAUGGAGUGUGAAUAAACUGGCUGAAAAGUUUGGCUGCUCGCCCGUUUUCGUCAAGAUGGCUGCUCCUGCACCCAAGACACAUGUUGAGGGUCUUAAGCGCAAGCAGGAGAGGAGGGAAUCACGAUGGGGUGCUAUUCGAACCGCCGCAAGAGAGGACCGCAAGAGGAGGACAGACAUGCUGUACCGUGGCGAGUUGUAA